AUGGACUCCAUACCGUCGGGGCGAGACUCCAGCUCCCCACCCAGCUCCAAGCAAGAACUGUCCUACCCGAGCACCAACCUGAAGCCCAACCAGGUCGGACAGACGGUGCUGUACGGAAUACCCAUCGUGUCUUUAGUGAUAGACGGCCAGGAGAGACUUUGCCUCGCACAGAUAUCCAACACCCUCCUAAAGAAUUACAGCUACAACGAGAUCCACAACCGGCGUGUGGCGCUGGGCAUCACCUGCGUCCAGUGCACCCCUGUCCAGCUGGAGAUCCUCCGCCGAGCCGGGGCCAUGCCUAUCUCCUCCAGGCGCUGCGGGAUGAUCACUAAACGCGAGGCGGAGAGACUUUGUAAGUCGUUUCUUGGGGCUCACGCGCCUCCUAAACUUCCAGAAAAUUUUGCUUUCGACGUGUCCCACGAGUGCGCCUGGGGGAGUCGAGGCAGCUUCAUCCCGGCAAGAUACAAUAGCUCCAGAGCCAAGUGCAUCAAGUGCACAUAUUGCAACAUGUAUUUCUCCCCAAAUAAAUUCAUUUUUCACUCGCACCGCACGCCGGAGUCCAAGUACACGCAGCCAGAUGCAGCCAAUUUUAACUCGUGGAGGCGACAUCUGAAAUUAACUGAUAAAAGCGGCCAGACAGAUGUACUCCACGCAUGGGAAGAUGUGAAGGCCAUGUUCAACGGGGGCAGUCGGAAGAGGACGCUCCCGGGCAGUGGGUCCGAUUCAAGAUCCCACAUGAAAUCACAAGGACCAAACCGUCCCCGGGAGUCACCCGAGAUCCCUGCAAAAAUCAUCAACAUCGAGGACAACCGCGGCGGCAUGACGAGUGCACGCAGCUACCCGGUCAUCCCGGUGCCAAAUAAAGGGUUUGGGAUGCUGCAAAAAAUCCCACCACCUCUCUUCCCUCAUCCAUACGGGUUCCCAGCCUUCGGCCUGUGUCAGAAGAAAGACGACAGCAUCAUGGGAGAGCAGAGCAAGUCGGGCCUGCCGGGGGUCCUGUGGCCUGCUACCAAGGACAGCGCCUAUCACUCCUUCCCCAUGUUCUGGCCCGCGGCGGGCGCGUUGCCGAUGCCCCCGUACCACCAGACCCAGCACAAGCCCGUGCCAGAGCUGCUGUGCCCGCCCAGGCAGACUGACAUGGACAUGUCCGAGCACAGUGACCGGAGCACCAACACGUCCAAAGACAGCAUGGUGGAGAACGACCGGUGCUCCAGCACGCAGUCCGCGCGUAACGAAGACGACAAGUCCGGGGACGAGGCGAGGCCGCUGGAGGGGAUGGCGCUUGUGCCCCGGAAAAUCAGCUACGUGUCCGCGUUCAGGCCCGUCAUUAAAGACGCUGACUGCAUCGCUAAGCUCUACGGCAACAGGGCCCUUUACAACAACUGUCGCACCGGCUAUCUGUCGCCCGAUUUUUUAAGCGAGAGCUCCAGCUACCGCUCCGCGUCCCCCUGCGUGGACAGCGAGGGCGAGCCGGACGUGGACGUUGAGACGAACAAAACACCUGACGAGGAGGAGGAGGAGGACGAGGGGGACUCCCGGCCUCCGUCCUCGGUGUGCGCUCGGACUCCCCCCGGCUUGGCACGCAGUGUCUCACCUAAGGAGUCGGGGUGUAAGGGCCUGCCGGAGAGCAGGGUGUUUGACUCCCAGAAAACGAGCGUCCACGUGGCCCAGUCCUCUGACAGAGACGUGCACAGCAAGCAGCUAUCAGAGAGCCACAUAACUGCGUCUUUUACUGAAGUUUUCCCAGCGGAGAGAGCUGGGCUGCAACAAAGGAGCAGUCCGUAUCAGUUCAGAGCUGCCAGUUACCAGAGUGGAGUUCUUCCAGCUAAUGAUGAUGGUGCGAGUAAAGAGGAGCCGUCCUCCACAGUGGAGGAGAUCGAAACGAAAUCUUUUCAUGAACAAAGCGGCGAGGAGAACCAGCGGGAGCCCGAAGACGGCGAGGACGCGCCAGUCAGAGCUGUGGCAACACAAAGAGAUCUAGAAAGUCUGGCUAAAGAUGAACUCCAGAAGCAGCUGUUAGAGCAGGUUGAGCUGAGGAAAAGACUGGAACGAGAAUUUCAGAACUUGAAAGAUAACUUCCAGGAUCAGAUGAAGAGGGAGCUCUCCUACAGGGAGGAGAUGGUUCAGCAGCUUCACAUCGUCAGAGAAGCUCACGACGCUUUGCACCAUUUCUCGUGUAAGAUGUUGACUCCUCGCCACUGCAGCGGCUCCUGCUCCUUCAAGUCUCCUCUGCUGCCGCCCUGA